AUGUCUGAUCAUAAAUACUACUACGUACUUGUUCUUGCAAUAUUUCCAAUCACGAGAGUCAUUGGAAUGAGAGCCCCAUUGGAUUUGAAAGAAGCUCAUUUCUCGCUAAAACCAGACGAAGAGCUUGCUGAUUUGGGUGAAAUCAGUGAAACGAGUGAUAUAAUCUUUAAGCAAAGUGGCAUUCAUUCAAAAGAGGAACAAAAAUCAAUUAUUUCACAAUCUUUCCAAACUUUUCAAGAGUCUAUUGAAACUUUUGAUUGGGAUAGAAGAGUAGAAACAACAAAAGCUGAAGAAGAAGAAGAUUUAAAUUUGAUCCAUCAUUCAAAAUCGGAGCAAGUUAAAAAGUUUCUUAAAACUUCAAAAGAUGAUCUGAAAAAUAAAGUUAAACAGCACUUAUAUCCAAAGCCUGGAAAAUUAAAGGCAGACGCGCUAAUAAGGAAGAAAGGUUACAUUGUUUUCGAAGAUGGAGAAAAUGAUGAUUAUUUACAAAAUAUCAUAGCAUACCUUUACGAUCUUAGAAUUCCAGAAAUGAUUAUUAUACAUGGUGGUAAUGCAAAUUUACGUCUUCAAAUGACAAAAUGGGUUUGGGAGAAGAUUCAUGAAAUUGCUGAUUGUGAAAUCCCUGAAAUUUUAUUAGGUGAACAAGGUGAGGAGGAAAUGUCUGUCUUUGACUUUGUUGAAGGUAUAGGUGUUAUGAAGGAACACAAGAGGCAAGCGCUACUUGAUUCACCAAUGGAUUCCAAAACUCGACAAAACCACGCCAAGGCGACCUAUGAAAAGGUUGCAGCUUAUAUUUCUUCACUCGAUAAAGUCUUGAUCGGAUUAAAAACCACGCCUACGGAUCUAGCUGAAGUCAUAGAUCGAGUUGGUCCCGAUAAAUCAAGACAAAAGAUGUUCAUUGUUUGGGCAACUCCAGGAGAGUUUCACACCCAAGAUAACAAGCUUGAAUUAUUAGCUAGCUUUAAUUUUUAUCGUAACUAUGAAGCAUCAGAUAAAGUUCUCAAAAGUGGUAUAAAGAUGGUCAUGAUAGGCAAUGAUUUAUAUAAUACACAGAUGAUCGGAAUGAUAGAUGCUACUCAUGCUGCUAUAAUGUCUGAAAAAGAUCCUAGAUACCAAACUUUCAAAGGUUUUGAGGGUUUCACCGAACUUGUAAAACAUUCUCGACCAGAUACAUUCUUUCAUCUUUAUCGUGGGGUCCAAGAAGGCUUUCAAAAGUUACAAAUCUCUUACGGGGAAAAGAUGUUAAAAUAUGUGAUUGAACCGACAAGAAGAUGGUUAAAACAACUUAGGGAAGAUCCUAAAUUAGUCACAACACUCAAAAUCACUCGACCUGUUUCAGAGCUCAAGGUAGAUAAAUUGAUAACCCACGCCAAGAUUGUUGAAACAUUGACGGGAUAUGAGAAUAAACUUAUCCAAAUCCCAGCUCAGAGUUCAGUCAAUUCUGGUUCAGGAGACAAGCAGAUAGAUUCACUGGAUGAAACCAAGAAAGUAGAAUUGUACAUGAAGAGAAUUGGGGAGAUCUCCAAAUCAGUUGAUGAUUUAGAGUUGGAAGUUAUGCCACUAGCUUUGCGAUGGGACUCUGUUGCCAAAGAGCCAUACUUCCUGGAAGGAUGUACCGCUGAUCCACAUCUGGAAUUUGUCUUGAAUGCCAACUUACGUCAAUUCUCACUGAAGGAACUGGUUCCAGUGAAACUAGAGAGAUCAAAUCCUGACAGACCACAUCUUAUAGAGAUGACGGUGGAGAAAGACAGCAAUUGUUGGAUCUUUACUAAACUUGAUUCUACAAAGUUUGUUGACAUGCAUCAAGAUUUGAUCAAUUGGUUCAGAAAACAAAAUAAAUCUAAACUCCCUUGGACUACAUUCAAGUAUGACAAAAACUCCAGUUCUUGA